CUCAAGUCCUGAGACUGGUGCAGUAGGCAGAUUCGACCGCAAAGAGGCGGUGCCAGGCCAAUGACUGGGCCGGCCGGCCUUGUUGCGAAGCGGGCAGCGCUGGAACGAGCGGCCCAGAAGCAACCACCCGCUCCGAUCCAUAUCUACCUCUAUGGGAAACACCAGGACCCCACAUUUCAGCGGCUGAAGGCGGCGGCCGAUCACUUGGCUGCUGAGCACCAGAGCGUCAAGGCGACAGUUGAAGCUUUCUUUGACACUCAGUAUGAGCAGCACCUGAGGCACGUGGUGGCCCACUAUGGUGGCAGCUUUUCACAGGCCAAAGCAAGUGCGCCACUGGCUUUCGUGGAGGCCGAUGACAAGGUCCUGUACUUUGCCAGCGACAAGUUGUUCCUGGAGUGGUUGCUGUUGCGCUACAAAUAUGAGGACACAACCAGUUUCCUGUUGUACAAGCGGAUGGGCGUUAAAGCCCUUCAAGCUGCCAAGGAGCAGAGUGGUCGCUCCUGUUGCGCUUUGACCAUCCAAGUUGGAGCCGAGGCCAAGGAGACUGUCCAACUUCAACUCUUCGACGAGGUGGCUCCAGAGCUGGCUCGUAACUUCUUGAAGUUGUUGAGCCAUCCGAAGUUUGAUGGAAGUCCUGUGCACCGAGUCAAGGCUGGUUCUUGGAUUCAAGCAGGAGAUUUAGUGGAUGGUUCUGGGAGGAACUCUGACGGAGCUGACGGAAGCUUUCUGAGGCAUGAAUCCUUCAGCGUGCCGCAUGAUCGCCCUGGGCUGCUGGGAAUGUGCUGCCAUGCUAAGGACACCAUUGGGUCCCAGUUCUAUAUCACCCUGAGGGAGUUGCCAUAUCUCGACGGAAAGUUCUGCGUCAUCGGCAGAGUCAUCAGUGGGAUGCGGACCAUCAUUCGCAUUGGCAAGAUGGCAACCAAGAAUGAGCGACCAGAGCAGGAAGUAAAAAUCUUCGCUGAUCCUUCUUUGACUUUGACAGCUCCUGCAGGAGAGAGAUGAGUGAUGAGUGCAGAGGUCUCACCAUGUGCAAACGGGAAUGGAUGUAGGGACGACGACAUCAACAUGAUGAUUCCAGUCUUUCUCAACAUUGUUCCGUUGUAUCCCAUUUCACGCUAUACUCUACUUAUGUGAGAAUAUGUUUCAAAUAUUCAGAUCAUCCAUUCAGUGGUUUUUCUGUCUCACCUCAAACACACUGAAUAAAAUUCAGCGCAAAAAAGUC